GAACAGAUAACACUGUUUGGAUCCACGCAAAGGAGACUUUCCUCCUCCUACACACCCCUGCCCCACGCAAAUACUUUGCCUUUUAAAGAAAUUUUAGAGAAUCUCAUGGAAAUUAAUGAAAAGCUUCGAGAUCGUUGGCUCAGUCUCGUUUCCUGCUUCCAAGCCCGAGUUAAAAAGGGAUUGUUUCGGAACCUCCCGCUGUGCGCGCAGUCCUCUUUAACGGCGAGUCUUCUGUGGUUCAAAAUGAAUAACUCAGAGUCACUGCAAGCUUACUGCUACGCCCCACUUUAUUCCAGAAUAGCUUCCUGAUUCUGACCCGUCCUAUAAAUGGAUUCUUCAUAAGCCAUUCUUCCAGAACCCAACUCACUUCCAAGAAAGACGCCUUUCCCCUUCUGCCUUGCAUGCAACAAAAGCCUUAUCUCAAGGAGAUUCUGGAGAGUUCAACAGGACUCCGGAGGAGUGAAGCCCGCCGUCUUACCCUGGAGGGCUGAUUUCCGCUUGCUGGCUUCGCCCAGGAGAACCUGCCUCUAGAGAGGAGCCACCGAAGACCCAAGGGACUCAGAACUACAUCGGCUUUUCGUUUUGCUUUAGCUGAAUCCUCCCGGUGGUGAUAAGCACUCUAGAGUUCUGUGCGGCAGGCCGAGUAGGGCUCGCUCACCCAAGUAAACGCAGUUCAGAUCCUGGUGCCACAGCCACUUUUAAAAAACGGCUCACUCAGUAUUCCCAGAUUUAGGAUUUGCUCCUCAGUUAUCAGUAUUUCGAAUUAAAGAAAUUGAGCUUUCACUUUAGAGAUCGGUCUUUGGAUGUAGCCAGAUCCCUUUAAGGAGCCAGGCGGCGCGCGCGCGCGCGCGCGCGUGUGUGUGUGUGUGUGUGUGUGAGAGAGAGAGAGAGAGAGAGAGAGAGAGAGAGAGAGAGAGAGAAACUGUUACUAACUGUACUUCUCUAGGCUGAAGUACAGUUAUUAUUUUCCUGUAGAGAUGCCCGCAUAACAGUUGUCUGGUAUGCUCAGAUGGCUGGGCGUUUCUUCCUUCCUUCCUUCCUUUGGCUCUUGGGUUUUAGUUGCGACUGCGAGCCUCCCAUUUUCCUAAAUGUCUAUUUCCAAAGAGAGGAGCGAUGUGGCAAAAUGAAGUUCCCGGCUUGUUUGUGGAGCCCCGCUUGUGUGUCAGGCACAGAUCGAGGAACUUGCUUUGUCGGUGAGAUGAAGGGACGUGGGGAGAAUGCUUCGGAUGAUAAGUCUUACGCAGCAGGCUCGCAAAAGAAAGGCGGAAAGGAUUCUGGCAAAGCCCCUAUCUUGCUGGGGAGCCCGUAGCAAAAGUCACAAAGCAGCUGCUGUUUAGCAAUCGAACUCCCCCACGCGAGAUUCUCACGCGGGUUCACGAAUAUAUGGACCCAUCCCUCUCUUUAAGCUCUGAUUACCAGGUGAUCCUGAGUUGGGAGAGCAUCUGUAUCUUUAAGAGGGUCAUAGAAUGAAGAACUGGUGUAAGUUUUCCUGUCACUGUAGCGCUUUGUAGCAGGAGAAGCUGCGCCUGGAUAAAUUCUCCCUCCUAGCCAAUUCUUAAAGAUUCUUGAGGCGUCUGCACCUGGCAACCCUAUUCCAGACAAUCACCUACUCUCCAGUGGAAUUUAUUGCUGUUUUUAAAACACGCAAUUCCCCCAAAUUCUUCCUCAGUCUAAUUAACUUUCUCCGAGUUAUUUAAUCACCUUCUCUUCUGCUCAGUUCCAUUACCUUGUCUCUUCUGGCCAUCGCAGGCCGCAGCAGCUCCGGCUGCCCCCCCAAACUCAGCGCAGCUAUGCUUCAUGACGUCAUGCCGUAUGUUUAUGUCGCAAUGCCAGCGUAAGGUUGGGCUUCUAUUGAAGCGGGUGGAGAAUCAGGAAACUCCUACGACCGUUUGCCUCCAACUACUCCUUAUUGCCUGUCCGAUUACAGUUCACUCUGGGUGGGAUAACGCACCUGGAAUGAAGAUUUGGGGAAACAGACAAAUGAAGGUCUGGGCACGUACGAACACAGAGGGAAUUUGGGCUCUGACAAGGCAGCGAGAUCCCCGCCCCCUCUGACGUCUCUGGCAGGAUUUGCAUGAGUUGCGCUGCUGCAAGAGGCUGGAGAUCAGUUGUCUGGAAAGGCGAAGUGGACGGAGCUGCUGUCUGCGAGACGCCAGCGCCAGUUUUUUUCUCCCAGCCGAUUGCCCCCCCCGACUCUCCCCCCCACCCAAAAUGGAGCUGCCGGCAGUGGGAGAGCAUGUCUUCGCCGUGGAAAGCAUCGAAAAGAAGCGUAUCCGAAAGGGCCGAGUGGAAUAUCUCGUCAAAUGGAGAGGAUGGUCCUCCAAAUAUAACACGUGGGAGCCGGAAGAAAACAUCCUGGAUCCCAGGCUCUUAAUCGCCUUUCAAAACAGGGAGAGGCAGGAGCAACUUAUGGGGUACCGCAAACGAGGACCAAAACCAAAGCCAUUGGUUGUUCAGUUGCCGUCUUUUGCCCGCCGCUCUAAUGUCCUCACUGGCCUUCAGGACCCUGCCAUGGAAAACAGGCCCAAACUGGAUCUUGGCAACUCUGGUAAAAGCCAGCAGCAUCAGUAUGAACUCAAUAGCAAGAAGCACCACCAGUACCAGCCUAAUGGCAAGGAGAGCAACAUAAAAUCUCACAGCAAGGGGAAAUACUACUACCAGCUGAACAGCAAGAAGCACCACCACUAUCAGCCAGAUCCCAAGAUGUAUGAACCCCAUUUCCAGCCUAGCAACAAGGAGCCUCAGCAAGGACAGGCUUGCUUGGACCACAGCAAAAGCCCAUUGAUGUCCCAUUCAGACAAAUGGUCUCAUGGCUCAGCCAAAAGCUUGUUAAACCCAGUAAAGAAUCUGGGUGGUACAGAAGGAAAGAACGGGGCAGAGAAGAACCUCUCCAGUGGUACAGGGCCGCCGCCACCACCUCCCCGGGAUGGUGUGACCAGCAAUGGCAUUGGUGGCAAAAUGAAGAUUGUCAAGAAUAAAAACAAGAAUGGCCGCAUUGUAAUAGUCAUGAGCAAGUACAUGGAGAACGGCAUGCAGGCCGUGAAGAUCAAGUCUGGAGAGCCACCCAAGAAGCGAAUGGCUGAGGACAGGACUACUAAAAGAGGGUCUGAGGAGAGGCAGGAGUUGUGGAAAAAGCCUGGGGAGGAGAGAUGGCUGGGCCGUGACCCCAAAGGAAAAUCUGGGACAGAGGCAAGUAAAGUGCCUGCUGAGCUUGGGACCAACUUCCAAAAGACUACAACCCCAGGCAAAGAACCGCCCAUUCCUGAGCAGCAACCUUUACAGCUCACCACCAAGCCAAGCCUAGUCCCAUGGUCCCUGGACUCCAGGCAGCAGCAGGAACACAACUCUGCUUCUGCAGUAGGGUUGAACCUCUCACCCAGCUGUGGUGGAUCCCGGAAGCGCUGCCUCUCUGAGCCCCACGGGGAUAAGGAGAGUGGCAAGAAACGUCUCACUUCCCGGAGCAUCAGUGCUCCCACUUGCCUCGGACCUUCCACCCACGAGAGACCUGAGUCCCUCAUUCUUCCUGCCUCCCAGCCUGAGGUUAUCCUGCUGGACUCUGACUUAGAUGAGCCCAUAGACUUGCGGUGUGUCAAGGCUCGUGGGGACAGUGAGCCUGGCCUAGUGCACAUUAAGCCAGAGACUCUGCCGGCACCAGCAGACAAACCAGUGCCAGAACCUCAGAAGCAAGUGGAACACUUUGAGGUGGAGGAAGAAGAGGAGGAACCCAUGCAAGAGUUCAAGCCUUUCUUUGGGAAUAUAAUAAUAACAGAUGUGACAGCAAACUGCCUGACUGUGACCUUUAAGGAGUAUGUAACAGUGUGAGGAGGCCCUUGCACAGGCUCCUGGCACUCUCCCUUGGCAGCCUGACACAUGACCCCCUCCUCUAAGGUAUUGUUCUACCCAGAGAGUAACUCUAUGGUGCCAUGUUCAGGGCAAGUCCUGCAAAUGUUGGACAUGUCCCCCUCCGCCCACCCUGGAAGAAGCUAGGAUGGGGCACGGUGAUUCUGCUUUGUGAGAGGGUGGGCUUCCCUACUGAUUAGUUCCUCCUGGGUCAUCUCUGUGCUGUAGGGAUCUUGGGCAUCAGGAUGUGGUGAGGGUGGUGGCUUCUUCCCAGUUAACUCAACGGGAGAGUUAAAUAGUAUUAUAUUUUAACAGUGCUAACUUGUUGAGUGGUUCUUGCUCCCGUUUGUAUGUGGUGUUGCUGAAAAUGUAUUGUUUGAGCUGAAGGCAGGCCUCCCCAGGUGGGCCAUGCAAUUAUAUUUAUUUGUAGGUAUUUAUAUAAUGAAAUAUAAAAAAGCCUAGAUUUAUGGAGUUCCCUAGAUUUGCCCUAUAUAUAUAUAUAAUUAUAUUAAAUACAUAUAUUAUAUAUAUAUUAAAAGCUAUAUCAGAAUAUUUUCUUUUUCCACCCUUUUUAAAAGCUACUUCUGGUUUUGUUUUCCUUGCCCUUUGUUUUCAUAAAACUGCAGAACCAUCUUUUCCUCUGGUAUAUAUUUUUUGAUACUGUUGUCAACACAUCUUGUUUUCAAUGUGCAAAAAAGAAUUAAUAAUCAUUAUCUAAAGCUAAACAAGCUAUUAUAGAAACUGCUGCUACUAGAAAUGUCUAAACUAUAAGCUUCCAAUUAUUAUGAAUUGCUUGAAUGUAAAUAUUAAAUGGAGAUGUUGAAAGUGCAUUUGAUGUUCUCCAGCUAGCCUAGGUCUAGGUUGCAAAGACUGGGUGAAAAGUGGUGGGGGUCUUAACACCUAAGGGGCACCUGUCGGUCUUUGGGGAGUAGAUCCUGCAGGAAGGAAAACUGUGUGUCUUGCAGCCAUUGCAAAGGAUUAUAAACCUUUCCAAAAACAA